AUGUGGAACGACUUUUCGACCAAUCCCUUCGGCUGUGUCGCGCCUCCUCACAAACCGGCCGCUUACGACGUCGUCCAAGAGGUGGUGCCAGACGCCGCUUUUAAGGCCCUACCUGAUCAGGCGGCCCCAGAGACCGAGGCUCCCGUGCCCUGUCUGGCUGGGCUGGAAGCUCCUCUUCUCGAGGCACACCAUCCGCCCGAACAAGACGAGGAACUCCAUCAAGACACGACUUUCGGCGUCGGAGCAUCCGUUCCGGAGCCGGCUGAAGCCGGGAAUCGAGCCCCAACACAAAUGGCCAUCACAAAAGUACUGAGUAAUCUUGACUCGCGAUUGGCAAUCAUGGACCGGGUUGCAGAGAAAAUGGAGGAAGAUCAUAGGCGAAAUCAACAGGUAAAGGCGAUCUAA